AUGGAGCGGCUGCGGGGAAACCAAACUAGGGUGAGCGAGUUUCUCCUGGCCGCCAUCUCUCCAACUCCACAGUCCCAGGCUGCUCUUUUUGUUGUCUUCCUCUUGGUUUACAUCUCUACACUGGUAGGCAACUUUGCCAUCAUGUUGACAGUGAAUGCUGAUUCCCACCUCCGUACACCCAUGUACUUCCUGCUGGGCAAUCUCUCCUUUCUGGACCUGUGCUACUCAACAGUUACUGCCCCCAAGAUGCUCAUGGACUUCUUGUCUGAAAGAAGGAGUAUUUCCUACGAUGCCUGCAUGGCCCAACUCUUUUUUCUCCACUUUGUGGGGGCUGCUGAGAUGUUCCUACUCACCGUUAUGGCUUAUGACCGCUACGUAGCCAUUUGCAAGCCCCUCCAUUACCCCAGCAUCAUGAACAGGCACCUUUGUAGUUGCCUAGUGGUGGCCUCCUGGAUGGGAGGUUUGAUCCAUUCCACAGUCCAGACCAUACUCACCAUGCAACUGCCUUUCUGUGGGCCUAAUCAUGUGGAUAAUUUCUUUUGUGAUGUCCCACCAGUGAUCAAGCUGGCCUGCACUGACACCUAUGUGGUGGAACUGCUCAUGGUCUCCAACAGUGGGCUGAUCUCCACCAGCUGCUUCAUCAUCCUGUUGACCUCCUACACAACCAUCUUGAUAAAGAUGCAUUCCCCUGAAGGGCGUCGCAAGGCACUCUCCACCUGUGCUUCACACCUGACUGUGGUAACUUUGUUCUUUGGGCCCUGCAUCUUCAUCUAUGCCCGGCCUUUUUCCACCUUUUCGGUAGACAAGCUGGUCUCAGUUCUCUAUAACAUCAUUACCCCCAUGCUCAACCCCUUGAUCUAUACACUGAGGAACAAGGAGGUGAAAUCAGCUAUGAGGAGACUUAGGACACGGAGCAUCACUUCUGGGGGAAAGAUGAUACUAUGA